ACGAAUGUUAUGGUAAUACAAGCGAGGUGUUAUGAAUCUAAAUGAUUUGUAAACCGCCAUUUGGUAGCAGCACGGACAGACAACGAAUUAACGUCCACCCAAGAUGGAUGAAAGAAAUCUUGUCCACUGACAUUGGUCCGGGUUCUUAUGAAUGUAAUGAAUCAUUUACACGGAAAAGAAACACUAUAAACACUUCCAAUUUAAAAAAUAGUAUAUCAGGCUGGAAAAGGGAGUAUGAAGUGCAGCGUAAUGCCGCCAUACCGAAUUUAUUCAGUCGAAAUCUAAAACUAUCAAAGGAAUCUCAGCAAAGAAAUCUUGGACCUGGUCGGUAUAACCUACCAAGAGAAAUUCAGACGAAGGGAACCUCAGAAUCCAUAGGACCCAUAAAUACAACUGCGGAUCGCUUUUCGGAACUCAGAGGAAAUGAUACUCCAGGAGUGGGUACUUAUGGGAUGAAAGGUGAUCCAUAUCUUUAUAAAGAAUUAAUGGAUGCGAAACACAAAUCAUGUUGUACAAAAGGCUUAUUAGAAUGUGGUGGGGAUGGAAGUCGUUCUUUACCGUUGACAGGGUGUAAUGUUGCACCAGGUACCUACGAAAUCAGUGGUUCGGUACAGAAACUACUGGACAAAAAAACCGGGAAACGCGGACCUUAUGAUUUGAUGACUGGACCAAGAAGCUUUAAUUAUACUUCUGAAUACCCAGAACCAGGAACCUAUUCAUUAACAUCAUUUACAUCCAAUCUUUUGCGACCAGAAAAGAAGUAUACAGGGAUGUUUCGUAGACUUGUUGUUGACCAAAGAAAAAUGGAUCAGUGCUAUUCUGCUAGGAUGCAAAACGACCUCGUAAGAUCUAAGGUAAGACUAAUGUGCUUGGUAAAUUCUUUUAGUUUUCCAGUAGUUAGUAAAAUUUCUUAGUUGAAUAAUGAGCAAUGAAAAUGUAUUCAAAAUAUGAAUAUACUAAAUACAACAUUAUCCUCCCAAAUAACCGCACCGUAUUCAAUAAAACUAACAUGUUUGUGAUCUAGUUUACCGUGAAACCAGGUGAUGCUUUUAAUCACAUUAAGUUAGCUUACUGAAGAAGACUAAACAAUUCAAAAGCUUAUAACAACGUCACGAAACUUCAACCAUUCAUCACUUAUCAACUUCCUUUACUUAAUUGAUCAUUGCCCAAACAACGUAAAAUUCACAUGUAUGCCAUGCAAAAUUUAGACAACAGCGUAAUGAUAUUCAUACAAAAUAAGAGGAUCACUAAGCCAAAUAGGGAAUAUAAUACUUGAAUUUUGAGCUAGCCUACUAGUUAUAGCAUUUUCCCCAUGAUCACGUUUUAUAAAUAUCACGAACCAAUAAUGACAUGUAGUUAUGUUUGUUGGGUUUCGCUUUGUUUUUUUAAAGAUAGGACCAGGAUAUUAUGAUCCCAAAUAUUUAUAUGACAAGGAUAAAAGUUUUAAUCAUCAAGCUCCUCCAUUUUUGUCCAGCGCCUCUCGUAAUUCACACUCAAUAUUUACCAGUAGACAGAGUCCAGUUGGUCCUGGACGUUACAAUUCAGAAAAUUAUGAUCGGUCACGGUGUGUAUGGGGUGCUAUGUGUUCUUUUGACUCUACUUCAUCAGCACGUUUAAGUCUAAAAGAAGCUUCAAAAUUAAGAGAGAGAUUACGUCCACUCAAUGUAACAUUUCAUGAAAAGUCACUCAUCAACAACAACAACAACAGGCCACGUGCUAUUCCACUGAUUGCUUAAUUGUCAAAGCUACAAAUGGAAGUAACGCACAUUUUAAAUUGUUAUAUUACAUACUGCACUGUUUUCAUCAACAUAAAAUAAAUAAAUAAACGAAUCAUAUUCCGAAAAUCAUUGCAGAAAAUAUGCUAAUAUUUAAUCAUUGUAGUGACCAUUUUUAUACUUGUAGAUUAUACAUCGAUAAUCACGUUUCAUAGUAAUAACUUGAGUUCACUGUAUACUAUUAUUAUUAUUAUUAUUAUUAUUAUACGUGAUGACCAUGACAGUCUGAAAUAAAUCACAACAUACUUUAGUUCCUUCAUUUAUUAUUGGUGACUUCAUGAAUAAUGUGUUUUCACCCAGCCUCUUUUGAAUGCUCGAAUGAGCAUUCUCGAUCACAUAUAUAUUUGAUUUAGACUUUUGAAGUUUUCCAAACAUGUAUAUCUAAUUUUCAUGGGUGUUUACAUCAUAUUGAAAUAAAUUUUAUUUAACGUUUGAAUUAGAUUAUAUUUUUACCAAUAGUUUCGUGUUAGUUUAUAACGAUAACAUGAAGCAUAGGCCUGCAAUGUUAAAUAAAGUUGUAGGCAAGCAAAUGAUCCACUCAGUAACUGCAAAUAUGUGUUAAUUUGUAUCAAUUUUAAACUAUGAUUUCAUAUGUGUGUCAUGACGUAAAUAUUAGGAUCUGGUUUCCAAUAGUAUCCUAUAUGAAAUCAGUAUGUAGUGAAUACAACGUUCAAAUAUUAUAAUCACUAUUCCUAUUAUUACUAAAGAGAUCAUUUUAAUAUGGUAAAAAAUAAGUUAGUAUGUGACUUAGUAAAUUUAUGGAGAAACAUUUUCACUUUACUUGCACAUAAUGUUCAGCACAAAUUAGGAUAAAAUGUACUUUGAAUAUUAAUAAUACAUGAAUUAAGUCAGAGUGAUAUUUUUAUGAUGAACGGUGAUAAUGAAAGAUCUUUGUCUACCCCAUAAGUGAGAUGUAUAUUUGUAUUGACACGUUAUAAAGUUGGCUGAUUAUGCAAUAUAUAGAAAUCAAUAAUAAUGAUUAGUUUUAGUACUGUACUACGUAAGAGUGUUAAAAUGAUAAGCCUUCGGUCUUUUUCUGAUUACAACGAAACCUAAUAGUUCGUGAGUUACCAAAAUAAUAAAUGGCUUCAUUAAAUGAAAACGAUGUUUGCUAUUUUAAGCCAUGUAAUAAUGUAUAACUUCCUGUUUAAAACCCAUUUAUAACCAUAAUUUGUAGUAAGAGAUUUAGGGUAACAUAAUUUGAAAUUGAAUGCAGUGAUAUAGAAGAUUUCGCUCUUUGUUUACUCACAGGUAAAAAGUUUUAGUAAUAACUCACACUUCCUAUCUUUUAACUUCAUGUACGCUUUUCGAACCAUAUUUUCUAUUUUUCACUACUAUUAGUUCUGCUAAUAUUGUCCCACUAUUUUUUCAUUGUCAUCUUAUUUUUAUCACCUCAGUCUUGACAACAAAUGCUGUAACAUGAACCAAUACACAUUUUUUACAGUGUCCCAUAUAAUUUAUGAAUGAUCAAUUGAUUAGAUUUUUUAAAUAUAUUUGUUUCGAUCAGUUAAUUGUUGACUAGAGAAACAAAUAUGUUGCUAAAUAAGUGUGAUAGUAACAACUGGCUUUUUAUGGCAAUUUAUGUAGUUACUUAUCAUGAAUUCUCAUUCUUUGUACAUUAUUUCAGUGAAUAAAAAUUAUACUGAGAUAUUGUUCGACGUGAUUUUCGACACCCCAUAAAUACCAAAAUUCCAAACAAAGGAAUCGUCAUAAAUAAUGUUUAAUUUAAUAAUAAUAUUAAUAGAAUAUAACAGUUCCAAGGUCAUAUUAUUAAUGAAAAACUAAAUAUAUAUGAAUAAACUAAGAUUAAAGCGAAUGAUCUAAUCAUUUUAUAAAUAAAUCAUUCAACAGUCCAACAUGAGACAGUUUAUUUUUCUUGUUUUGAAAUAUUGCACAAACUUCUGAGUACGUAAAAUAUUAGUUUGAAUAAGUUCACUAAAACAAAUAGAGGAAAACAAAUUAUCAU